CCUCAUAAAUUUUUAAAAAUUAUAAUAAAAAUUCACCUUUUUCUCAACAGAUUUAUCGAACAACAACCAACACUAGUUCAAUGCCAAUUACAAUUAUCUCCUUUUUAUGCUGUUUUUUCUUCUUUACUUAGCUUCUUCCUACCAGCUACUUUGAUGCUUUUUCUUUACUACAGGCUUUAUUUAUAUGCUAGACAUCAUGCCCGUUCUAUACAAUCACAACUUAAACAGGCUACUUCACUUUUGAUUUUACAAUUAGCCUCAGAUAGAGUACGUCAAGUAGUGGUACGUCCUUCUACUGGAUUUUUAUCCCCCUCUUCAAUAGCCCUUCACUACGAUUCUCGAAGAUUUAGUGGAAAAUCUUCCUUUGAUGGAGAAUCACUUCAAAAAGCCGAGUUUAGCCAAAUAAACGUUGCUGUAAAUAAAUCACCAGAAAAUCAUUCUAUCGACGCUACAAUCCAACAAGGAACGCCUGUACUUAAGGCUACAUUGAGACAAUUAAGAAGGACAGAGAGCAAUAAUAGUAGCAGCUUUAGCUUUGUUUCGAGAAAUGGAUUGGGUGUUAAUAGUAGAAGGGUUGGUUGUGGUGGUGGGGAGAGAAGAAAAAGUUGUUCACCACUCCCUUCUCCAACAACAAAAAGAGGUUUUAAAUCUUGUGGGUGGACUAAUAAUAAUAAUGGUAAUGGAGGGCAUCGUUCUUCUGACAAAAAAGCACGUGUUACUCUUGGUGUUAUUAUGGGCACUUUUCUCAUCUGUUGGUUACCCUUCUUUAUUGUCAAUGUUCUACGCCCUUUCUGGCCAGAAAUUUUCCCUCCACUACUUUUUCAGACAGUUUCCUGGCUAGGUUAUGCCAAUUCAUCAGUAAAUCCAGUAAUUUAUGGAAUAUUUAAUCGAGACUUUCGACGUGCCUUUAGCCGUAUAAUGAACAAAUUAAUUCAUUGUAUAGACGAGGAAAGAAGAGGAAAUAGUCGAGGGACAUUUAGAACUAGAACAGAAAGUGAAUCUUUUAAUAAAUUUAAUAAAAGUUUAAAUAAUGGAAGUGAACAACAACAACAACAAAAAUUAAUUUCUAAACAAAAGACAAAUAAGAAAUUGAGAUUUUUAUGUUUUUAA